AUGGAGGGUGCGGCGCCUCCAGGUUUUCGGCCAGUGGGUGGGAAAGAGGAUCAGGAAGGUUCUGCGGGGCCCAUCGGUUCGUCUUUUGCCCCUUUGUCUCUGCAGUUUCCGGUGUCUCCGUCCAUUUGGUCUGAGACGACUUCCAGCGCCUCUCUUGGCAUGCCUCCGGGAAGCCCGCCUCAGCCCGGCAUGGGACAGACGACGCAGGCUGCGGCUCCAGAGGGCGGCGACGCCUUCGCUCGGAGCGGCUCUUCAGAUCGUACCCCUGCGCCGAGGCCUCCUUUCGAAUGCGACGGGGAUCCGCCACCUAGUACUUCUCCCGGCCAUCCACCGCCGGAUCGCUCCGCUGGGCCGUCGCACCCCUCCCCUGUCUCUCGAUUCGGGACAAGACCGGCCCCUCCGGACAGCCCGUCCGCCUCCGGCGUCUCCACUUCGCAUCCACCGCCUUCUCCAGCUUCUCGUGAGACGCUGGAGCCUCGCCGGGCGACUGCGGCGAACGUCGCCUCAGCUUCCGCGGCUCUCAACCCGAGUGGCGCAAGUCCGCCAGGCGUCUUUCCUCCAGACGGUUCGCGCGGAGGCGCAGGGGACUUGCCAUCGGAGGACUCGCGAGUUGGUCAGGCUCUGCCUUCCCUGAACUCCGCUUCCUCGGGGGCCGAACCGGCCGCGGGACGGGAGGCAGGCUGUUCGCCCCGGCCUGCAGGUGGACAGGCAGAUGCGUCGAACGAUCGCAGUCGCCCUGGAGCGUCGGAGAUCCCUCAAGGUGCUCGGCCGCCCCCCGCGCGGCAGGCGGGCCCUCACCCGGCGCCCAAGGUGGCGGCGGCUCUUCGGAAGCUCGGCGUCUCGGAGUUGCCCCAGAUUUCCUCGGACCUCGCGGAUGGAGGCGGCGAGGCGGGGCGAUCUGGGAGAGGGGAGAGGCGCCAGCGCCGAACACAGAUGCAUGCCAAAGGCUUGUUCAAACGGCUUCAGGACGGAGUCCGCGGGCGCGAGGCGGAAGCCUCGCAUACGGCAUCCGGAGGCGCACAAAACGAGAGAGAGCGCGGCGACGCGAAGAAGGCCAGCGGCUGUCAAGGGAGAAGCGCUCAGAAAAACGAAGCCCCUCGCAAGAGCCCCGGCGCGAGUGCCCGCACCGCCUCGGGACAGUGGAUGGCGCGGCCUGGCGCCUCCCCGUGGGAUAGAACUGCAGGCGCGCACUUGGCAGGCCAACAAGGCGGCGCCCCUGGCGCCGUGGCUGCGGGUCUGUCUGCUGGUCCCCUGCCUACUGCGGGGUUUCCUCUCGGUGCUCCAAACACCGCGACGUCGGUCGGGGGUUUCGCAGAACAGGCUUCCAACGUGUCUUACCCCCUGCCAGUCGGCGCGGCGUCCGCUGGGCCCCGCUACCCCUCUGAGGUGUAUGGGGGCGUCGCCACGCCGUCGAGGCAGGGAGGGGACGGCCAGCGCAACCCCACAAAAGGCGCGCCUGACUCGCAAAGAAGGAAGAACGCCGGUGGCGGGCCCGAAGGCGGUGACCGCUGGGGGGACGGGAGACAGCCGCCGCUUCCUGGCCAGGGCGUCGACGCAGGAUUCGCUGGCGACGGAGGCAGAUCGCCUCUCGAGGCUCCUCCCACGAGCAUCGUUCGAGACCUUUGGAUCGAGCAGUUCGGCCCGGCCGACGGAGAGGAGAAAACCGCGGAACAGGCGAUGGCGAUGUCCGCCUGGCGGGUCACGUGGGUCGACGGGACGUGGAAAGUGCACACAGCCACGUUUGAGCCGAAACCGACGCGAGAUCCGUAUCCUUUGGCUGCCACGGAGGCGUGCACCAACUUUGCGCUGCGGCUGUACCGUGCGUUUCGGGAGACGUACACCCACACUCAGCAAGGCGCUGGAGCGCCUCCGCGUCUCCCUGCUCUGGGGCAUCUUCUGGGGUGCGGCGCCGGCCGCGGAGCGUUUCCGGGAGGCCCCGCGGACGGCCUGAAAGCGAAGAUGUGGAGCGUGGAGGAGCUUCAGCGGCUCCACCAGCACGUGACGACUGCGGCCUUUGCCGCACUCGGUUCGGGGGCGAUGGGGGGAAGCGAAAUGACGGGUCUUGGAGGACAGCAGCCGCCGAGAGAUCGGCCCUUUGGGGCUUUUUUGCACCUGCCAAACGCGUCGCCUGGCGGGGGGGGGGCCGUCGACGGAGCUGUCGAUCUGCGCGCCGGGCCGGUGAAUCAGAGCUCGUCUUCUGUCUCGUCUGCCGCGCCGUCCAGCAAGACGGCGUUUUCACCUUCUCAACCGACUUCGCAUCCCGGAGGGUUCUCCAGUGCGAAUGCAAAGUUUCCACUCCCCGGCGCAGGCCAGAAUUCAGGUGUCCCUGAUUCGCGAGGCUUUGGCGGGCUCCAUGCCUUCGCCGGAACGCCUGCAAGAGCUCCUGGACGCCAAGGGAUCCAGGAACACACGGCGUAUGCAUGCAAGCCGCCGAGCCACGUGACGGCGCUGGCGUCUGGCCAGGCGCUCCCGGUUUCCGGAGGCGGCGUCUUCCCGGCAGUAGGUCUGCCCUCCGACGGAGGUUUUCAGUCUCAUUUUUACAGCUCAUUUCCCAUGUCGGGCGACGCCGGUGGCCUACAGCGAUCGGCGCCUCCCUUUCUGUCUGGAGGGAGCUCGGGAGAUGAGCAGGCCCAAGGUCAUCAGCUUCCAGGGGAGCUCAGGUCCAUGGACUCCAACCCCUGGCUGCUUCCCGCGGGCGAUACCAGCAUCCCUCCUGGCUCUCGGUCGUCCGCUUCGUCAGCGGAUACCUCUGCGCCUUCCCUGCCUCCGUCCCUUGUGGGCACGCUGGACGACGCGGGAGGCGCUUCCGGCCUCCACGCGUUCGAUAAGGGCGGAAAAAGAGCGGAGAGUCCCUUCCCGCCUUGUCCUCGGGUCCGCAGGGGUGCCGCUGUCUCCGUUUCGGGGACUCCUCGGGGCGGGCCGCCGCCCUGGGGCGUCAACUCUCACGUGGCCGCAGCGCUGUCGGCAGCGGCGGCGAAGCGGACGGCAGAGGAACAGAGUCUGUUGGAGGAGGCAAGACGCGACGCCGAACGCGAGGCUCUGUUGUCCAAGCUGCUCGGCGAAGACGACGAUGCGUGUGGACAGUCUGCUCUUUCGAUGCGGGCCCACAGGCUGCUGAUUGCCGCCCCAAAGCUCGGCGACGGGGGCGGGCGUUUUGAGGAGAAAGUGACGCGAGGACGUGAGGCGAAGGAUCAGAAGGCCGACGUGACGGUGGGAGAAGAAGGCGAUGCCCGAGAGGAGCGGUCGGUUGCGUCACGCCACCUUGCAGCGACAAGAGACCGAACGAGAGAGAGGCUCGAGGACAUCGAACGCACAUCCGACUGGGGCCUUCCUCCAGGAGAAAACGCAAGGGCGGCGCCGACCGGGCGCAUCAAAAGGGAGGGGCGACAGCGCGUUGACGGAGGCGAGAGUGCCGGCGACGAGAGGCAUCAAGCGGACAAGACUGCAGAGUCCGGCGUAGGCUUGUCUCGAGGCGGUGUGCGCCGCGACGCUGGGGAGGAAACCGAAAGGUCCCGAUCUCCCAGGCAGCGAUCUGUCUUCCGUGGAAUGGCAGCGGAACAGACUGACACGAGACGCAAGGCAUUAUGUUCUCUCGAAAGUUCGCGCGACGAGAAUUCAUGUGGAGACGAGAACGGCCAGGGCGGGCUCCGCGCCCCCGCGGCCGGCAUGCAGGCAGAAGGCGAGGGAGGAGCUGCUGGCGAAGAUGCGCCGAGUGUCGCUGCAGACCAAGCCGAAACGUCCAGGAUUUCUGUGCCUCCUGCUGCCGGCGAAGGCGAAGCGACGGAGACGACUUUCAGAGAAGCACAGAGGCCGGAAACGUUUGUUUUCGAGCCGGGCAACACAGGGUUAAUCCUUGUAGAGUUGUCUGAGCAGGAGGAAGGAAGCGACGCGACAGAAGACGACGCGCUGGACGGAUCGCCGUCCGCCUGUCUUGCUGGUGUGUUGGGGGACACCGACGGCACGUCACCGGAGGGCGACGAACUUCUUCCGUGGGAAUCCCCCGACAAGACGCGUCUGCUGCUUGAGUCGGUCUCGCAUCGCGCGGCGGAGCUCUCUGAGACAGCGUCUGAGGCCUUUGGCGCGGACCAAAGUGCUCGGGACGCUAGCCUCCUACGCGACCUCGAACCGUUCCUCCGUCUCGAAGAGCGAAACCCGUACUUCGACGCACGGGAGACGCACAAGAAUCUCCUCUCCGGGUGUGCGCUCUCGUGUGCUUCUGUCUUCAAUGUACAGAAAAUCGUGGACCGCCUCCGACUGCAGGACAAACGCCGGCCUGAAGAACGGGCGCGGCUGGUCCGAGUCGCUGCGGAACAGAGCCAAGGCGCACGAAGCCGCUUGGGCGCCGUCCUGAGUGAGUUGGCUGCCCUGGAGCGCGAAGGCCCCGACGACGGGGGCGGAGAGGGCGAAGACAGCAAGGAGGCGCAGAGUGGCAAAGAACUGAAGGAUCCUUCAGAGAGCGCGACGUCGAAGCCGGAGUCCAGCAGGGAUGCGACCGCUGAGAGAGAGGCCGAACAUGGACAGGGGCGACCCGCGCCAGGUGCCUUGGUGAAGAGCGAGGCCGGCAGGCCUGCUGACCACGGUGGGCCGGACAAGGCUCGAGAGGGCCUUCCAGAGGCUCCACCAGCAGCCGCGUCAGCCGACAGAGCGCGUGGUCCGCCGAGCUCCCACGUCGAUGGCUUGCCUGGACCUGGUUCUGCAUGCGAUCCGCAGCAAGAAAAGACAACUUCCGCCCCCGCCAGCGACGCAUCGUCGCGCGUCUGCUCGCCUGGGGAGGGGACGGGUGUCUCGACAAGGGGGUUCGAAGAGCCGCCAGCCACGAAGCAGGCGGGCGACGCAGCGCCCUCAGACAGACCGAGUCUCGCCGCGGACGGUGUUCUCCAGAAGGAAGCCUCGAAGGAGAAGGGUGUGGACGGAGACGUCGGGGCGACGCAGACUUUCCUGGAUUCGACCGGCAGUCCCCAGGACGGUGAGAGACUGCGCAACUCCGUUCAGCGACUCCCAGCUCGCGCGGGGCCUCAGGAGAAGGCCGCGAACACAGGGCUGACGCCUGACGGGGACCAGCGCCAGUGCGCUGUGGAGGGCUGUCCGAGCAGCGACAAGGAGGGCGGGAACGAGGACGGCUUCGCAGCUGGGGGGGACCCAGCAGCUGCAGCUGAGCUUCGGGGCGCCGCGUCUGCGCCGGACCGCGAGAAGCAACUGGCUGAGGCUUUGACGGGAGACCCUCAGAGAGAGGCUCCCGCGUCGUCGCCAGGAACGGCGGGGCCUCCGUCGCUUCGGACGGAAGGAACGGAGAUCGGUGGCGAACAUACCCUUGAAGACGCGCGGGGACCGUUGGCCUCUCCUCACGAGGUCGCUGAAGGACCCGGCGAGGCCGCGCCUGGACAGCCUCCAGCGUCUUCUUGUCCGUCGCUGGCCGUCUCUGUGAGGGAUUGCACCCAGGGCGGCAAGAAGCCCACCGCUUCGCCGUACUCGCUCCUCGUGAAGACAGAAGAGGACUGCGCGAAAGACAGUCCACGGCAGGAUGAGGGUGGGAAGGAGUCGGCGACGCCGACACCCCGCGCGUCGCCGUCGACUUCUCGGGGAGUGGGAGCGAGAGGCAGUGUCGGCGAGAGGCAGCUUGAGGCGAAGCGGGUCUGUGCGUCGUAUGCAACACGGCGGGCUCAGAAGCGAAAGCGCCUGGAGCUUCUGUCUUCGUCCUGUGAAGAAAUCGAGAAGAGACUGCGACGCCUCUCGGACACGUUUCCCUGGUUGCCGGUCCUGAACGAAGCGUUCUUUUCAGCGGAAUCAAAGGGCGGGAUCCGCGGCCCUCCCGGCGUGCAUGGCCUGGACGACGGUGCAUUCCGGGAAGGCGCGAAGGCAGACGGCCAGUUCGCGUCGCGACUCUGCGGAGCGGCGGGUGUCUUUGAGACGAUGGGCAGGGGCCUCGACGGCGCACUGAAGGACGCUUCGAUCCCCAGCGAAGGCGACGAGUCGGAGGACCCGGACGAGAGCGAGGAAGACGAGGAAGCGUCGCUGGUUCCCGAGGAUCUGUGGCGCGCUCGCGCCGCAGCUUUGGCAGCGGCCAAGGCGGAGCAGCGCGCUCUGUCAGAUGCCCGAGCAGCUGCGGCCGCGGCCUCAGCAGCGGCUGCCACAGCUGUUGCGCAGUCCUCGCGUCCUUGCGUCAUGGAGCCUUUUCGGCAGGCCUCGCAGCGCCCGUUCCUAGCCACGCCCGCAGCAAUGCUGCCGCCUGGCGCGGUGGACUCCGGGACGCUUGCGAGUGCGAACGGUGUUCGAGGGCACGCGUCGCCAGUCCCCUUUUCUCCGUGUCUGGGGGCCAGGGCGAGUGGCGUGCCGGAGGAGACAGAGGGUAGCCUCGCAGGCUCUCGGCGGUCCUCAGCCAGUACGCAGAGCUCCCGCAAGAGGAAGGGAGCUUUCCUAGACGUCCCGCUCGCGGAUCCGAUGCCGGGAAAUCAAAGCCUCCCGAGUUCGGCUGGCUCGCGUGGCAGCUUCUGGGCCGGAAGGGAGACACCCCAAGGAGAUGUGUGGGCUGGCUGGCCCGCCGGCGGUCCGCUUGCCGCCGACGCGUGGAUCCUGGCCUCGACAGCGGGGGGCGUCCAGUCUCAGGAUCCACUUCGGUCGAUGAAGCGAGUCGCGGGACAUGGAACGGACAAGAGCACUUUCUGGUCGGGCGCUGGCGCCGCGGAGAGCUGUCCAGGUGGAGAGUUGGGGCCAGGGGCGAGUUGGGGGUCUGGAGCUGAGGCGGCAGGCGGAGAUCGCAGUCCGCGUGGCAAGGGUGCAGUCGGUCACGCUGGCGGUCGGCGGCAGAAAGCCAGUGCAGGCCCCAGCCAGACGAGCGGCGAGAGGGAUCGCCGGAGGUCCUCUGUCGCGUCCUCAGUCACGUCCUCUGUUUCGGCAACCCGCGGAGGGUCGGGGCUGCCUGCAUCAGGGCGCCGUGGCGAGUGCGCGGGGUCUGUGGAAAUGCUGGAGGGCAGCGACGCUGCGAGUGAAGCAACCUCGCGAUCUUCGUCUAUUCUCAUGGGUCCUCCUUCUCCGCUUCGCCCCACGUGCCAGUAUAAUCCCGCCGGUGCGUACCCCAGCUCUCCGGCCCGCUCACACGCCAGUUCCCACGCCUCGGCGUUCCAAACCCACGCCUCUCGAGAGGGAGGCUCAGAGACGAGGGCUUCGUGGCAGAGUCUGCAGCACGCGCCUGUCGGAGGAACGGGGAACCCGAUGGCUGCCGAUGCCUCAGGGGCGCCAGGAGACGAGCGGGCGUUCUCCUACGCGGAGGAGGGGGACCGAGUAGGCGCGCGGUCCGUCGCUGUGGGCGGCCCGCCGUCAGCCAACGGCGGAGGCCGUUCCCGACUGGUCGGAUCGACGCCGGCUCAGCCGAGAGGCUAUCCUGCUCAUCCCUUUGCUGCUCACGCCUCCGGUUUCGGAGCGAGUCCGGCUGCGCUUCCGUCGAACUACGGAGAUGUCGACGGGUUGCCCACAGGUUUGCCUUUUCCAGGGACUCCAGCUGCGGGAUCGGCGACUCCUCUCCAGGGCGGAUACCCUGUCUCCGACCCUUCUGCUGGAGGCAGUUCUUCACGGGCUGGCGGUAUGGGGUUUUCGGGUAUGCUUACGCCGGGUCACGGACCAGAGACACCGCACAUGUCUGGGCGUAUGGCUAACUUCUCGCCCUUCUUUUCUGGAGACCGAGGACAUGCAGCAGGGGAUCAUGCUCAACUUGUCAAAGGAUCGCCAAGCACGCCUUCCGCUCCAGGCAUGCAAGUGCAAAGCGGUCCCUCCUUGUCGCCUUGGGUCGACCAAAAUAGUUCGCAACACACUGGAGGUUCAAGUGUUCAUCCGGAACUCGAAGGCUUUGGCGCACCUGACGAUUUGAGUUCGAAGCAGGCCUCCAUGGCCCCGCUGGGUGCCGCUCAUCUCGCAGACCAUCGACAACCGUAUGCCUUCCAUGGGGGAGGGAAUGUCAAUCUAGCAGCGAUCGGCCCGGACCCUCUGCAAGGAAAAGAUGCGUUGCCGGACCAUCCGACCCGGGUCAGGGACGUAGCAGGCGCGAAAACCGGAGCCUCCGCGGGAGAAGGAAAAGCGCCAAGGAAGCGGAAACCGAAGGCUAAGAAAGAAGAGAAAGGCCAUCCUGCUGCUGGCGAUCAGAUAGUUUCCCAGCGAGGUCCUCAGGAGGCAAACGCCUGUUCAAGUGUCGCCGACGUUGCCCCUCCAUCUGUUUCGCCCCAAAAGACAGUGUCUGGACGCGGUGAAGCUGGCGGGUACGAUCACAGCGCCUGUCCUCAGGCGCGAGAGGGCGGCGGAGAGAAAAGUUGGUCCAAAGAUUCGCCGUCGAAUCCGGAUGUGUCUGUCGCCCCUUCCGUCGGCUCUCAGGCGUCCUGUUCUCCGUGCAACCUCUCGCCUGCACGGGUCUCCGCAGGAGGGACAGCUGGCGCAGAAGUCGGCUCGGGUUCUCCGGCUGUACCAAUGCCAGAGGACACACAUGAUGCACAGCGGAAGACUCCCAUUGAGAAGAAAAGGCGUUCGAAAAGGGGGAGCGAGAACAGGGGUGCGUGUGGCCCUUCGCCGACUGGUGAGAGUGACGGGUCAGGUCGAUUCUGGCGUGCUGCGCCUGCUGAAGGAGCGGCGGCGACGCCCUCUCGAAGGAAGGCGCCUCCAGGGACGGUUUCGGGGAGCAAGACAUGA